AUGAGCAUUGCCCUGUUUUCCGCUUGCAAACAGAGAAUACUUCAGUCAACAGUCACAAGACCCUCUUCCCAAUUCACCAAAAUGUCAGCAAAGAUCCUGCAAGACACGUUCUUGCAACCAGACUUGGACGACAGGUCCUACCGGUACGUGCAACUGCCCAACAAUUUGAAGGCGCUGCUCAUCUCGGAUCCGACCACUGACAAGGCCGCUGCCGCGCUCGACGUCAACAUCGGCGCGUUCGAGGACCCAGAGGAACUCCCAGGGCUCGCACACUUCUGCGAACAUCUGCUGUUCAUGGGGUCCAGCAAGUUCCCCAACGAGAAUGAGUACUCAAGCUACCUGAGUAAACACGGCGGGUCCUCGAAUGCGUACACGGGCGCUCAAAACACGAAUUACUACUUCCAAGUCAAUUACGAACACUUGUAUGGCGCGCUGGAUAGGUUCUCUGGGUUCUUCACUGGGCCACUGUUCAACAAGGAGUCCACGGACAAAGAGAUCAAUGCAGUGGACAGCGAGAAUAAGAAGAACUUGCAAAAUGAUCUUUGGAGGCUCUACCAGUUGGACAAAUCGUUGACAAACGGCGGGCAUCCCUAUCAUAAAUUCUCGACGGGGAACCUCGAGACCCUCGGCACAACACCCAAAGAACUUGGGUUGGACAUCAGGGAUGAGUUGCUCAAGUUCUACAACAAAUCGUACUCGGCCAACCUCAUGAAAUUGUGUAUACUCGGUAGGGAAGACCUCGAUACGAUGACCAAGUGGGUCGAGGAGCUGUUCCAAGAUGUGAAGACACUGGACCGUGCCCUGCCUGAGUACAAUACCCGCAUCCUGGAUGCAGACCACCUUCAAGAGAUCAUCAAGGUCCACCCAGUCAAGGAGUUGAAAAAAGUGGAGGUGUCCUUCGUUGUCCCAGAUGUCGAUGAGCACUGGGAAUCCAAACCACCACAUAUUCUAUCGCAUUUGAUUGGACACGAGGGGACAGGCUCGCUUUUGGCGUACUUGAAGACAAAGGGCUGGGCGAACGAGUUGUCCGCUGGAGGCCACACAGUGUCCAAAGGGAACGCGUUCUUCUCAGUCGAUAUUGAUCUCACCGACGAUGGACUUGCACACUACGAGGAGGUCGUCCACAACGUGUUCCAAUACAUCAAAAUGCUACAAAACUGUCUACCGCAGAACUGGGUGUUCCACGAAUUGCAAGAGAUCGCACAGGCUAACUUCAAGUUUGAGCAAAAGGGUAGCCCCUCGAACACAGUCUCGACUUUAGCCAAGGCGCUAGAGAAAGAGUACAUCCCAGUGAACAGAAUCCUCAGCAACGGACUCUUGACGAAGUACGAGCCUGAACUCGUCGCCCAAUACUGCCGAGACUUGAAACCAGAGAACUCACGUAUCACUCUCAUUGGUAAAGAUCUGAAAACUUCAAAGAGAGAGAAAUGGUACGGGACAGAGUACGAGGUGGAAAAAUACUCCCCAGAUCUGUUAGCCAAGAUCAGUACUCCGCUCUUGAAUUCGCAUUUGCAUCUACCACACCCAAAUGAGUUCAUCGCGAAUAACUUCAAAGUGGACAAACCAGAGGGUAGUUCCGCUGAUGAGAUUGUGCCUCUAGAGGAACCACUGUUGAUCAGUGAAAACGAAACCGGUAAAGUGUGGUUCAAAAAGGAUGACAGGUUCUGGCAGCCAAGGGGAUACAUCUACUUGACUUUCAAACUACCACAUACGCACGCAAGUGCUUUGAAUAGCAUGUUAUCGACACUGUAUGUGCAAUUGAUCAAUGACUCUUUGAAAGAUCUGCAAUACAAUGCCAACUGUGCGAACCUGCGCGCCUCCUUUGUUAAGACUAACCAAGGUUUAGAUCUCACGCUCUACGGGUUCAAUGACAAACUGAUUAUCUUGCUGACACGGCUCUUGGAGGGAAUCAAAUCUUUCAAGUUGGAGCAGCCACAGUUCAAGAUCUUCAAGGAUAAGUCUGUCCAGCAUUUGAAGAAUCUGAUGUACGAGGUUCCAUACUCGCAGAUCUCCACAGUUUACAACUACUUGAUUAAUGAGCGGUCCUGGUCCGUUGAAGAAAAACUGGACGUGAUGGAAAAAAUCACCUACGAAGAGUUGAUCAACUUCAUCCCAACCAUCUUCGAGGAGUUGUAUUUUGAAGCGUUGAUCCACGGUAACCUUAAGUACGAGGAAGCGAUGGAAAUUGCAUCCUUGGUUAAGAUAUUGCAACCAAGCGAUGUGACAAGAUUGCAAACAAAAAAUAGCAGGAUGAGAUCCUAUUUGAUUCCACGUGGUGAAACGUACAGGUAUGAGACCAAACUGAAGGAUGCCAAAAACGUGAACUCUUGUAUCCAAUAUGUCACACAGUUGGACGUGUACGAUGAAAAAUUGUCCGCGAAGAGCGGACUAUUUGCUCAAAUGAUCCAUGAACCCUGUUUCGAUACUUUGAGAACGAAAGAGCAACUGGGGUACGUUGUCUUCAGUUCCUCUUUGAACAACCACGGUACUGCGAACAUGAGAAUUCUGAUACAGUCGGAACACACUACCCCAUACUUGGAGUUCAGAAUCGAUACUUUCUACCAGAAAUUCGGUGAACUUUUGAAUGCGAUGUCCGAGGAGGACUUUUCCAAGCAUAAGAACGCUCUGUGUAAGAGCUUGUUGCAAAAAUACAAGAACAUGCAGGAGGAGAGUACUAGGUAUACUGCCGCGGUCUACCUGGGGGAUUACAAUUUCACGCAUCAUCAAAAGAAGGCAGCCCUUGUUGAAAAGUUGACAAAGGAGGAAAUGCUUGAAUUCUACAAGUCCUUCAUAGUUGGCGACAAGGCGACAAAACUGGUGAUCCAUUUGCAGUCGCAAGUCACGGAUAACAAAUCGCUGGACGAGUCGAAACUAGAUACAGAGGUGUACCCCACUGGUCAACUGAUCACGGACGUUGGGGAGUUCAAAUCGAAGUUAUACGUCGCUCCAGUCCGUCAACCACUAAAGGAAUUCGCAGUCUACGAGCCAUAG